AUGGCAACGCAAUUCGCUUUUAUCACGUACGACGGGGAGGACAAGCAGACAUCCACUGACAGAUACCAGGUCCGCAGCCACUGCAUGAAGGGCCGGAACAAGCGCGAGGGAUCACGCCGCUCUAAACGGGAAGCUAGACAGGCGGCCAAGAAAGUUGUCAGAACGAAUGUCGACAUGAGCCCUGUCCCUAUUCUGAAGGGUGGACUCAGUUCAGCAUUAAAUUCAGCUGCAUCUCGAGCAGAAAAUGCAGCCAUUUCUACGAAAAUCCCACAGCGGGUUAAGCAAAAGCUAGAGUCGCCACGCGAGAGCCCGUGGGCUCGUCUUCCCCAGGUACCUCAAGGCUUUCUCUUUGGAGCGGCCAUGGAUGAAUUUGCGAAUGCGGUCGGUCAAACUCCCGAAUCGCUGACGCGACAGUUCAUGACUUUCAACCGCAUCACAGAAGCCUCUUACCCUCUCGUCGAGGUUGUGGUUGACUUUAACGACGUAGGCUUGGGCUCCAUCUGGUCGUCUUUUGACAAGUCGUUCCUCCAUACUAUUCUCUUUGUCAACUCAGCCGUCAACGACUGGGCGCAAAAUUUGCCGCUGGCCAAGUCGUCACAGUUUCACUUGGGGAAAACGCUGACGCUACUCAACAAAAAGCUGGCAACUGGGACCUCGCAUCAAGAUGACAUGACAAUCUACACCGUCAUGCUUCUGGCAGUCGUCUCUAGCACCAGCGGUGACUACAACGCGAGUAAUGCGCACAUGGCGGGCCUGCAACGGCUUGUAGAGAUGCGAAACAACCACGGGUACCUCUGGGUGAAUCCCGUCACCCAGUUCAAGCUCGAGUGCCUGGAUUUGAUGUGGUGUCUCAUAGCAGGAGGAGCACCGUUGUUUCUCAAGACGCCCGUGUCGUGGGACCCGGUCUUUACGCGCCCGUCGCCGUCUGUUGACGACGAGCUGUCUGUGGCUCUCUCUAAGGCGUCCAUGGAUCGCAGGCUCAUCGUCGUCUUCCAAGAGUUGCAGCGGCUCACGGGAUUGAUCGAAAUACACACGGACAGCAAUAUGCGACUGAAUGCGAGUGAGUUCCAGCCUGUCCUCAGCUCAAUUCAGACUCGCCUGCUUCAUCUCAAGGACCUUCUGGUUGGCAUGCCUGAUGAAUGGCUAUGUCUGGGCAUGCUGGCCUUUCUUGCGACGAUGUUCCGGGCCCCAGGACGGCAAGUGGCUUACGAGCACUUGGCAGAUCGCCUCCGACGCGCAUGUAGCAGUCUUGUAGAGUCAACAUCAAUGUCGACAAGAUCUGGCCUACGACCCAUCUUGCGCUGGCUAGUAAUUGUCUGUGGGGCGACCAUCUUUGGCACUGGUGAGCGGUGGAUUCGAGAGCUCUGGGACGGCAUCACAGAGCCAAAGUGGUUAUGGCCGGAAACGCGAACAGAGCUCAAGCGGGUGAUGUGGAUCGGGUGCAUCCACAAUCAGAAAGGGCAGCAAAUCUUUGCUGCUUUGAACCUUCGAAGGUAA